AUGUUGGACGGCGACCUUCGUGCGGCAACUCCGGAGGAUUCCCCCUACGGCUCCGACGGGCUGCGAGAGAGUGGGCGGGGCGGCCGCGGGCGUUGUGUGGGGCUGUUUUUUUGCCAGCUCUCCGCGCUACUGUGGAAGGAGUACCUUGAGCGCGCCCGCCGUCCGUGGAAGGCGACCGUGGAGCUGCUGACGCCUGCGCUUCUGAUCCUUGUCCUGGCCUACGCCGUCGGGCUGAGCCCCGUCGUGUGGAUUGAGCCCUUCCACCACUCACGUCUUCCGGAGGUGACACUCCGCCAGGGCGUCCCAAACGAAGGCGUCGUCUCCCCUGAGUGGGAGAAGGAUGUGGCAGCGGUGAAGCAGUGGCGCGGCGUAUUCGCCGCGCUUAACACGACCUCUUUCUUCGUAGACUACGUCUUGACGCUGGCCGCCCUGCGCGAUGUCGCGGAAGGCGACUACCACAACGACCCUGCUGGGGUGUUGUGGAACGCGACGACGCUGCGGCAAGAGGUGGCGCGUGCCCUGCUGACGAACCGCUACGCCGCAUCCCCCUUUAAGGUCCCAACGUUGGAUGGAUACACCUCUAUGGUGAAGGCUGCCCGGGUUGCUAUUGGAGAACGGGGGAUGAAGCACACGAUGCACGACGACCCACUCAUUCAAUUUAUUAUCUAUUUUGGAAAGCUGGCGUUUACCAUUGCGGAGCGCGGCAACGCAGAGCUCGCAGAGGCGGCAGAGAGGCUUAUCGAAUACUUGAACGUGACGACCAAGUCCUUUGCAGCCACUGUGCUUUGUCACUACGAUAUUGCUGGUGAGGAAAAUAGCAGCUGCGUCUUUGACAACGCCUCGAGGUUUGCUUCGUUGCUGCGACGGCCGCGCUUGUGGCAGGGCCAAGCCUUGUGGGCGCUUGUCCGCCUGGACCGUCUGACGGUGCAACCUCCAGAAUUUCGCUACACUAUUUUUGUCAAUGAAACGCUGCUGCAAACUCAAGCGCCGGUGGAGGCCUUUUCGCAGGGCCUGGGAAAGGACUACGCGAACUACGCCUACAACGGUGUCUUGUCGCUUCAGUAUGAACUCAAUACGUACUUUACCUCCCUCGCCGCCCCCCCACGAGCGCGUCAAAAUAUGUCCUUGACUCCGUUGGUGGAUUAUGUUUGCAGCGCCGCCCCGACAGCGCAUAACGCCACCGCAAACAUGUUUGCAGAGCCAAUGGAUGUGGAUCAACGUGAAUUGGUUGAGAAGGCCGCCGCGAAGGGUCCCAUUGUAACCCUCCACCCACGGCCCUUUACGAGUGUGAAUGCCAUUUAUGCCCCAUGCCUGUAUGAGGUGGGGGCAUUUUGCGAGGAUGCUAACACUACAAAAUCCUUCUUGAAGUGCCUUGAGGAGGUUGAUGCGCGGGGAGAAACGUCGUCGGUGUGCCACACUGCACUGAAGUUUGUUACGAAGUGUCCUCUUCCCAACACCACUGCGUGUGGAAAAGGCGACGCCUAUCAGCUUCUCAGAGAUGUUCCCUCUGCAUUACCUGAAUGUGCAGAGUCUCUCGCCCCCUCGUGCACCGAGGACAGCUUCCUUCAAAAAGUAAAGCAAACGAAGUCUGUAUUGAGUUGCCACGCUGAUCUCAUGCGUCUGUGCGGUCCGGGAUUUCACUCGCGGUCUGUCCUCAAUGACUGUAUUAAGCUUGUACGCCAAACGGCGGAGCCUCUUUCGGAGGAGUGUCGUAGGGUUUUUGCUUCCUUUUUACCGUGUGAGGACGAGUAUGAAUCCAUCUGUCCGUGGGGUAAGUCUGGCGGGAAGGAGGUCAUUCCAUACGCAUGCCUUUACGAGAACUCAAUUCUUCUUAGCUUGAGGUGCAAGACCACACAAUUUGUGAAGGACAUCCUGCCAGAUUUAUUUUCUAACGAGGCUGUGCGGGAGACUGUUCCUGCCGCCACUCACUACUGCCGUGAGGUGCAUGAUGUCUACAAAACUCUUGUAAGCAGUGUGGUGGCUCAGGCGUUUCCCACGACUGGGUAUUAUCAAGAGUUGUUCUUUCUAACGGGAGGUCACUUUCUGGGGUUGGUGCUUGCCAUUGCGUACUACUUUCCAUUUGCGGCCACUGUGCAAUCCAUUGCGCGCGAGCGGGAGACGUGGCAACGAAAGUACCUCAUUCUCAUCGGGACAAAUCCUGCGGCGAUAUUACUUAGUAAAUUUGUCACAGCCGUUAUCGUUGCCACUAUUGCAUCUCUUUUUGUGACAUUUGCGAUGGCGUUUUGCGUUGGUAUACCGAGCUACGUCGUGUUCAAUCUGCUCUACCUGUAUUCACUGAGUCUCAGUGCAUUGGCGGCUGCGGUUGGGGCGGUUGUCCCGGGGGAACGCGCGGCCACCCUCACAGCACCGUUUAUUCUCCUUCUGUCUGUCGCUCCUGCUCUUGUGGACGGCCGACCAACAGAACUCGCGGGGGCGUCUAUGCUCCUUCCGCCUGCGGCCCUCGCCAAGGCAAUCGCCCAGUACGCCAAAGCCGCCCAGGUGGGCCAGAGACAUCCUACACAGCCUGGCACGUUUCAGCGGGCCUUGUGGAUACUCUUUGGGCUGACGGCGAUGUACGGACUCCUAGCAGCUUUGCUGGAGUAUCUAUUCAUUCCAAACUCGGCUCUGGAGCGACUCCUUAGACGCUGUGCAUCUUGCGUGGGUAGGCUGGAGGAUUACCUUGAGCAAAGAAGUCGUCACAUUGUUCGAUAUUACGAGGGGGAGGAGAUGACGUCCGGGGUUGCGCUGACGCGUGUCAGGCAACAUGACGGAGAGACACACGACGGGGGCGGCGCACGGCGGUCGAAGCAGGAGUUUAAUAUUGCUGGAGUCCAUGGCACACCCGCUGGUGAUGCAGCCGAGGGACGUCAGCUUAUUGAUGUAAAUAGCCUUUCAGAGGGAGCGGGGCCACCUCUUCGCGCGGUCUCAACAACUCAAGAGGCAGGAGCCCCGGCCGAGUCUUCAACGGCGCAAGGUGCUGCCGCCGCCCCCGAGACGCAUGUGUCCCUACCGGUUCCAAGUGGUUGGCAUGCAGCCAUCACGGUCCGUCAUCUCUGCCACACCGCUGUGGGACACGGUCGGUGGCUGCGCGUGCAUCGUGCCGAUUUUUAUCAAAAUCGUCUUAACUGCAUCGUGGGUGGAUCCGUUUCUGGGAAGAGUCGUCUGCUGGAAACACUGAUGGGAAGCAGCGACCUUCCUGCAGGUGAGGUACGGAUCGACGGCAAAAACAUUUGGUCCUGUCAGCGUGACGAUAUUGGCGUCUGUCUUUAUAGAAGCGUGUUUUGGGACCACUUAACUGUCGCUGAGAAUAUUCGUCUCAUUCAGCUACUCAAGGGGUUUAUUUCAGACCCUGUCGAGGCGGGUGUGGAGGAAGACAUCCUCGUCUCUGCCCUUCAACUAACGGACGUGCGUCAGGAAAGGGCCGUGCGCCUGACAACGGGGGUGGCCCGCAAGCUCUCUGUUGCCAUGGCCUUCGCCGGUGGAUCUCGCACCCUGUUUUUCGAUGAACCGACCGCCUUCACCGAUGUUUCAUCGCGGCAUGAGAUUUGGCAUUUGCUCUCUCAGAAUGCAAAGGGGCGAUGCAUCGUCGUCUCCACCAGUGACGUAGAGGACGUGGGGGUCUUUGCCGAGCACAUCACCGUGCUGUUCGACGGCGGCCUCGCCCUUGCUGGGACACCCGAUCACAUUCGAUGGAAACUGCGUGGCGGCUGGGUCGUGACCGUCUGCCGUGCCGAAAAUACCGACAUCUCGGCCAUGUUAAAUCACGUUCGCUCCCUGGCUCCAGAUGCAAUAGUCGUAAGUAACGUUGGCCGUGAAAUCUCUUUUCAGGUGGUGGAAAGCGUCGCCAUUCAGACAUUACCGGUCCUUCUGACGGAAUUGAGGUCGGCGCGGGAAUCCGGGGCCAUCACGAACAUUACAGUUUCAGAUGCCCGCUUGAGUGAGUCCUUUGUCCGCUUAACGCGCGUGCUGCAACUUCGUGAAUCUGGUGGGGCCAAUACCCCGCCGACGGAAGUUGCCGACUGGAAUGGCGACUACGUCAUGCUGCCAUCGUCAACCGAGAACGAGGUAGCUGGCGAAGGUGCCGUGGAGAGAAGCAGGGUGGGCUCCACUGAGGAACGUGCGUCGCGUGGACGGCGCAGCUUUAUUCGAACAUACUUGACUUUGUUUGGUUAUCGUGCAUUUGAGGCCUUUUUGGGUACGCACUACGGACUCCUAGUGAUGCUGGUGCCUCUACUUUCGCUCUUGGUCGGGACGGCGUCUUUGGGCAAACGGUUUGAUUCAGAUAGGCUGGGGGCGGCUUCUCUUUUUAACUGGCAGUUAUCUUCUGAUCCCAGCACUAUCUUUUACAUUGAUGUGAACGCCUCAGGGUCGCCCUAUGAAUCCAUCGCAGGGCAGUUGUCGUCGAUUAGCAUACCCAACACGCAGUCAAAGUUUUCACUGGUAAAUGUUACUUCCCUGUCUCCGAUAGAGCACAGCAGUGUGGGCUUGGACCAUUUCCUGAUGGAGUCUCGGGCGUCAAUGGACGCGUUUGCCUUUGGUGCCUUUGCAUUGCAAGGACCAAUCGUACGUGUGUUGAACAGCACGGCAUGGCCGUCACUCUUCCCUUGGGUGGCGGACGUUGUGCUAUGCAACACCUCGUAUCCGUUAAGUCUACCGGCGCACCUGGAGAUAUUGGGAAUGCUGAGACUUUGGGCGGCGCGUAACGAAACCGCCGGAGUUAUUAGUGCCUCCAUUGGAGUGGUGGGCGAGUUGGGGUUUGGUGGUGAAGCAAAUCACACAUUCCCGUCCAUCGCGGUGGAUGUGAUGGGGACACUUUUGAUGCUGCUGCCCUUUGCGUUUUACGGCAGUCGAAUGGUGGCGGCGCUUGUUGAGCAGCGUCAUAGUGGGCUUCUUCAGGUGCUGUAUAGCUCUUCUCUUCGUCCGGCCGCGUUCUGGCUGGCAAAUUUCACGUACGACUUUGUGACUUUUUUUAUUUUGGUGCUUAUUACUGCCUUAUUUAUUGCUUUUGGUGACAUUUCACGCGGCGUGGGUGUGGGUGGUUUCUUUGCCAUUAUGGGCGCCAUGCUUGUGUUUGGCUGCAGCACCAUUAUGCUCUCCUACGUCCUGAGCAGGUGCUUCAACAACGCCAUUGCUGCCCAGACCUUCGUCACGGCAUUUACGAUUUUCACCGGCUUUGCCUUCCUGAUUUCGUCCUCCACCGUGCGCUUCUUACCGGAGAACCCCGUGACAUGGGCGGCAAAGUCGUGGAAUGAAAAGUUUUCCGUCCUGAUGCGAUUCCUUCCACUCUACAAUCUUGGGGAGUCGUUGAUGAACUACCUUUCGUCCAGGACCUUCGACGAGGACUUGCAGGUGUUGAUUCGCCUGCAGCCUUUUAUGUUUUUCACGUUCACCUUCGUACUGAUGCUGCUCUACGAGUCAUUUGCUGCGGUGAGUGUGUGCGUGUUUCUCCGAGACAAGCUGCGUCCGCUGCUCCAUAAGCUGGGACGCAAAGCCGUCCGUCUCUUAUGCCCGUGCCACAACGACUGCAACGAAGUUUGCGGCGACGAGUCGCUGCAUCGCUGGGAGGAUCCAUCGCGGCUGCUUGCAAACGAGGACGCUUCCGUCGCGGUGGAACGGGAGAAGAAGUCUGCGGUGGAGGAUGUUCGCGCUUCAACGCUUUGGAAGCUCUGCCACGACGUCUACGCCCUGCAAAACGUGACCUUCAGCCUACGGAGCGAGGUCCUCGUUGUGGUUGGGAUUAACGGGAGCGGCAAAACGACGCUUUUGCGCUGUCUCUCAGGCGAAGUGCUCCCCUCCCAUGGUGAUGUGUUUCUCCGUGGCCGCUGUACCACACGCCAGGUUGCCGCUAAACUCACUGCGAGUGCCGCUAUUGGGUACGCGACAGAGGCGUUAAUUUUGCGACACAGCAACCUCACACCGUACCUCUUUCUCAAUAUCAUGGCCGACCUCCGGCUGCUCAAACGCGACCUGGGGCGUAAGCAGCACCUGAUUUACCUAAUACGGGCCUUGGGUAUUUGGUCCUCCAUGCAUGUUGCCAUGCGGAUGCUCAAUGCGACGGUUCAACGGCGCGUGGGUUUGGCGGCGGCCCUCGUCGGUUACCCUCCGCUCCUAGUACUGGACGACGUCACUGAGUCGCUUGAUCCGUGCUCCAGAAGACACGUUUGGGCGGCGAUUCAGUCGGCGCCGCAAGGUACCACGACCGUCUUCUCCUCAAGGAGCCCCGAUGAUGUUGAGAUGCUUGGCGAUCGUGUGUUAGUUCUUGAUGAGGGCAUGAUGCGUUUUAUAGGGACUCCGGCUGAAUGGCGCGGAACACACAGGGAGGGACUCGAUGUCUCCAUUGACGUUUCACGCCUGCAGGACACUUGCGGGUUUGGUAGUUCACAGUACCCGGGGGCGGUAGAGAAGCUGCAGAAAUUCUUUACGAGUCACUGGCCUGAUAGUCUGCUGAUCGAUUGUCGGCCUUUCCACUACGUGUUUCAUAUCCCUUACCUUGUAUGCGAGAAGGAUGCAACAGGCACCGCUCUUCCCGCGCCGGGCAGGAGGGGGCGCGUGUUCUCGCAAGCGCGUGCGAUUCGCACAGUUCUGGCCACACUCGUCCAAGGCAGAGCGGACGGCUGGACGUUGCCUGAAGCUCGCGAAGAGAGUGCAAAGACGGGCGAGAGUGGGACCUGUUUUCCCUGCUAUAUCACAAUUUCGGAGACGUCGAUCGAGCGUACAAUGCAGACCUCCUUUGGUGAAAGCCUUGCCUUUAGGACAGCUGCUCGGGGACUACACGACCGCAAUGUUCGCGUAAAUCCACGAAAGUGA